AUGUUUCCAACUGCCCGUCUUCUCCAGGCCGCUCGGGUGACAUUCUUCACUCGCGCUGGCUGCGGGCUUUGUGAUACCGCCAAAAACACCGUGGCCCAGCUGCAAAAGCGGCGGCCUUUCGACUACACCGAGGUAGACAUAAUGGUUCCUGGCAACAAAGAAUGGAAGGACGUUUACGAGUUCGACGUCCCUGUUCUACAUGUCCAGUCUGCCAAUACGGCUGGGGAAUUGUCCGACCCGAAAAAGCUUUUUCAUCGAUUUACAGAAAAGGAGGUGGAAUCUCUCGUUGACGACGCGGAAAAGGCGCAAUAA